UUUCAUUUCUAAGUGGGAAAAACACCACAGUUAGGACUGCUCUUUUUUCCUAUAAUUUACUGUUUAUAUGAGCAUCACUAUGCGUCAAAAAGAUCUACGCCCAGCCCCGGCUCUAAUAGAGUACAAGGGCAUGAAGUUCCUAAUCACCGAUCGACCAUCAGACAUAACAAUUAAUCAUUACAUUAUGGAACUUAAGAAGAACAAUGUCAACACUGUGGUGCGUGUUUGUGAGCCAAGCUAUAACACAGUGGAGCUGGAGGCGCAGGGCAUCAAUGUCAAGGAUCUGGCCUUUGAGGAUGGCACCUUCCCGCCACAAACAGUCGUUGACGAGUGGUUUGAGGUCUUGAAGGAUAAAUAUCGACAAACUCCAGAGGCCUGUGUGGCCGUUCAUUGUGUGGCUGGUCUGGGACGAGCUCCUGUUUUGGUGGCCCUGGCACUGAUCGAAUUAGGCUUGAAAUAUGAGGCAGCUGUGGAAAUGAUUAGAGAUAAACGACGUGGCGCCAUCAAUGCCAAGCAGCUCUCGUAUUUGGAGAAAUACAAGCCCAAGGCGCGUUUAAAGCACAAAAAUGGCCAUAAGAAUUCAUGUUCUGUGCAAUAGAUUUCCAAACACCAUAUGUAUAUUCCCACCAGAUAAAAAGUGUUCAUUUUUUCAAAAAAAAAAAAACAAAAAAAAGGAGAAGA